AUGUGGGAGAUGCUCCGAGCUGUUUUAAUGGAAGACCAUCCUAUCCAGCGAAUCAGUGAUCCGGGCGAUUUCCACUUCACCGUGCCCAACCCAUUUCCUCCACUUGAGCCUAUGGACAAAACUCGGAGGUCACACUUGGAAAUCAUUGUCGACUCCGACACCGUCAAAAAGACUUCAGAACCGCUGGCCAAAUUGAUGGGGUCAGUCGACGGAGGUACCAUGUUGCUGGAGGAAGAUCAUGUCGGUUCAAUGUUCGUUCUCCUCGCGAUCGUUCACGGGCGCCCUCUGAACAUCCUACCAGCCAAAAUUUCAAUCAGCGAGCUUCAGAGCCUGGUCCGCCACGCAGACAAGUAUGGCCUCGUCCACCGUCUGGGAACGCACCUCAAGAGGUGGAUGCCCAAGCAAGAGGAAUGGACGGACCCUCAGCUUUGGGACGAUACUGCACACACCGCCUGGAUUGCCAGCACAAUCGGCGCGAAAGAUAUCUACGAACAAGUGAUUGCUCGCCUCGCCAUCAAGUACACUAAUGUACCUUCCAAGAACCAUCUGGUAAAUCGCUGGUCUGAUAGUGUAAGAAUCUAUAAAACAGUUCAAGUUGACGUAGAGAAAUUCCGCCAAAAAGGCAUGGUGGUCGUGAGACAAAAGCUUAAGGAUUUUCAUGACAAUGCCUCAGAGAACAAAAAUUGUCAAAAGGAGCAAGCAACCGCAGAAGAACGCGAGAAAUGCAAUUUCAAGAUCGCCAGCUCCUUCAAACAUGCCAUCAAGGCAGCUGGACUUGAGUUCGCAAGCUUCUUUGAGUACACAGGAGACGGAGAUGGGACACUUAAGUCAACAUACCCACUUCCUGGCACCCCCCUGUUUCUGGCACCCACAAAAACGCGAAAAUCCACCACAACCCAAUGCCCACCCCCAACCUCCUUUUAUCACAACAUUUUCAAUUCGCGUCCAAAUGGGCUCAUCUUUUGCACAUGUCUUCUUCUAUAUAUAAUGCCUCAAUAUACCGAAGAUCAGCUUCGUCAGGCUCUCGAGGA